UAUAUAAACCCAUUUCACAUAUUUAGUCAGAAAUAAUUCUCCACCUCUAAAUUUUCCUUGUACCCAAUUGGCCAAAAUCCAAUUAUUGACCCUCAAAGGGAUUCAGUUGCAUAAAGUUAGGACAUUUAAAUUAGAAAGUUAGGACCUUUUAAGGGGAAUUAUAUAAGAUGACAAUUGGGAAUGUAAAGCCUGUGAAAGAAAAGAGAUCAAGAAAGAAUAAGCAAGCAGCGGUGGACGAGAAAACACCAUUGUUGCCAACCCAGAAAGGUGAAGACGCUGGUUUCGAUGAAUUCAAUGGAGCUUCUUUUACCGGGGCAGUGUUUAAUCUAUCAACAACAAUCGUUGGUGCUGGAAUUAUGGCGUUGCCUGCAACUAUGAAAGUUUUGGGACUUAUACCUGGAAUUGCUUUGAUUAUAUUCAUGGCUUUCCUGACGAAUGCUUCGAUAGAUUUGUUACUUCGGUUUAGUAGGGCGGGGAAGUCAGUUUCUUAUGGAGGUGCUAUGGAUGAUGCCUUUGGUAGUAUUGGUAGAAUAUUGUUGCAAGUUUGUGUUAUGGUUAAUAACAUUGGUGUGCUUGUUGUCUACAUGAUUAUUAUCGGUGAUGUGCUUGCUGGAACAACUUCAGACGGAAUUCAUCAUCCCGGUGUGUUACAAGGCUGGUUUGGCGAACACUGGUGGAACGGGCGAUUUUUUGUGCUUGUUGUUACCACCCUUGGCGUAUUUGCACCAUUGGCGAGCCUAAAGCGUAUUGAUUCUUUGAGCUAUACAUCCGCAUUAUCGGUAGCACUUGCAGUUGUCUUCCUUGUGAUCACUGCAGGAAUUACGAUGUACAAAUUGGUAAGCGGAAGUAUUACAAUGCCUAAAUUGCUCCCUGAUAUCGUGGAUUUCACAUCAGCAUUCAAUCUCUUUACUGUUGUCCCUGUGCUUGUGACUGCUUACAUUUGUCACUACAAUGUUCAUACAAUUGAUAAUGAGCUUGAAGACAGUACUCAGAUAAAAGCGGUAGUCCGAACGUCGCUUAUCCUCUGCUCGUCUGUAUAUGUUAUGACAAGUAUUUUUGGGUUUUUGUUAUUCGGUGAUGGGACACUUGAUGAUGUGCUUGCAAACUUUGACACAAAUCUUGGAAUUCCAUAUAGUUCAUUGCUUAAUGAUGCUGUUCGUGUUAGUUAUGCAGCCCAUUUGAUGCUUGUGUUUCCUAUUGUUUUCUUCCCAUUAAGACUGAACUUGGACGGAUUACUUUUUCCUAACAAAGGACCUUUAGUCUCCGAUAAUGUGAGGUUUGCAUCGAUCACGGUUGGUCUCAUUGGUGUCAUCUUUUUGGGUGCGAAUUUCAUCCCAAGCAUCUGGGAUGCAUUCCAGUUUACUGGAGCUACUGCAGCUGUUUGUAUCGGUUUCAUCUUUCCAUCUGCCAUCACACUUGGGGAUCGUUACGGUAUAGCAACUAAAAGGGAUAAGAUAUUAUGUGUCUUCAUGAUCAUUCUUGCUGUUUUCUCGAACGUGGUUGCUGUUUAUAGUGAUGCCUUGGCUUUGUUCAAAAGGAACGGAUCAAUAAGCGAAUGAUGUGUUCCCUAUGGCUCUCUCCAAAACUGAGUGGAGAUACUUAAGGGAGUUGUAUAGAGGUGUGCCUGUGGUUUUGAUUGUUGUCAUCUUGUUUAUUCAUCCUUGUAUUGUGUGUUCAAUCGAAUACACUUGGAAUAUCCAUUUAAUAAUAUGAAUAUAUACUUUUUUUGUUGAUCAA